AUGCGAGAGGAGCGUGAAGCUGAGAAACUUCAGUCACGGAGAGAGCGCGAAGAAGCCUUAAUCGAGCGUCAAAUAGAGCGUGAGGAAGCACAAAGGCAGCGUGAAAUGGAGCGCGAAGAGUUAUUGAUGCAGCGUGAAGAUGAACGUGAAGAAGCUCGAAGGGAGCAUCCCAAUUUAUUUGUUAAUUGUUUUGUCCUAUAUGAUGGAGAGUGGAGGAAAGAUGAUAAUGGUGUUAGUUUUUUUGACUCAAGUUCAUUAGUAGGUGUGCCUCUAUCCCUAAAUACUACAUAUGAUGAAUUAACUGACAUUGUCUAUGAUGCUAUUGGUGUGGACAAAUUGAGAUAUGAUUUAGUGUUCAAAGUCAAGGAAAUGGCCUUAAUGGCGGUGCGAGGAACAGUGGAGGAAUCCUAUGGAAAAUUGCCAUCAUACCUGUUCAUGUUGGCGAAGAAUAACCCAGGUACCAUAACUGACAUUCAGACGGAUGAGCAUGGCCACUUCAGGUAUUGUCGUCCAGUAUUGUGCGUCGAUGUCAGUUUUCUUAAACACAAGAUUGGAGGUCAACUAUUAGUUGCGAUUGUAUUGGAUGCGAAUGAACAACUAUAUUCCGUUGCUUUUGGCGUCAUUUAUUCGGAGAAUAAUAACUCUUGGACAUAUUUCAUGCAACAACUAAGAGUGACAAUUGGAGUAGUCCCGGAUCUCGUCUUCGUAUAUGAUAGACACCCAAGUAUUGCCAAUGCAUUAAGUGGAGAAAUGGAGUCAUGCAUUUUCCCCGGUUCGCGAUACAAUCAAAUGACAAGCAAUUACGCUGAGAGCUUUAAUAGUCAGUGUAGGGAUGCUAGGAAAUAUCCCAUAUCGACAUUGGCUGAGUAUUUACGAUUAACACUACAAGAAUGGUUUCAUAAUAAAAGAGAAAAAGCUUUCAACCACACAGAACGUCUAUCUUCAUACUAUGAAAAGUUCUUACGUGAACAAGCCGAGAAAGCCAGAUUUUACAACGUUAAUCCGUUUAACAGAUACGAGUUUCAUGUGAACGACGGUGAACAUGAUUUUCAAGUUGACUUCCAAACUCGAACUUGUACUUGUAGAGUAUUUAAUAUAUCUGGUCUUCCUUGUAAACAUGCUCUUGUUGUUGUCCGUUCCCGGAAAACUAUUCCCUAUGAAUACUACUCAAGGUUUUUCACAACUCAGGCGUGGUGCGUGGCAUAUGAGGAGACAAUUUAUCCAGUUUGCAAUGAAGGUUCUAGGGAUAUUUCAGAAAAUAUCAAGGAACGAGUUUAUUUAAAACCCCCCGUCAAGGUUAAGAAGGGUCGGACAACAACAAAGCGUAGGCCAUCACAAGGUGAGCCUUAUAAUGAACAGAGACGGUGUAACUCAUGUGGCAGUCGAGGAAAUAAUAGGGCAACAUGCAAAGCAGUUAUGCCUGCACCAUCUACUGUAAGACAACAAGUAUCACAACCGUCAUAG